AUGAAGUACUCUGCUGCCAUCAUCGCCUUUGCCGGUUUUGCCGCCGCGCAGACUCUCAACGACCUUCCGCAAUGCGCCCAGCAGUGCUUGGCCAACGCCAUCACAGCCAACGGUGCAUGCACCGUCGGUGACGUAACCUGCCUCUGCAAGCCCGCCAACUUCCAGGCCAUAGUUACUGCCGGCACUCCUUGUGUUCUUCAGAACUGCGGGCCUGAUUUUGCCGUCAACGUGGUCAUCCCCGCCGCUAGCCGCAUCUGCGCCGCAGCUGCUGGAGGUAGCAGCGCUACCUCCUUGGUCAUUCGUUCCGUUUCAUCUGCUGCCUCCGCGGCUGUCUCAUCCGCUUCCGCCGCCGCCUCUUCCGCCAUUCGCUCCGCUUCAUCUGCUGCCUCCAGUGUCGCUUCCUCCGCUACGUUUGCGGCAUCUAGCAGAGCUUCGGCGGCGACUUCUUCUGUAGCCGGAAAUAUCUCCAGUGUGGCAUCAUCUACUCCUGGCGCGGCCACUACUCGGACUGUUGUCGUCACCAGCGCCGUUACUACCCGUAAUGGCACCGCCACUGCCACUACCACCCAGACUCCAGUCACCGUCAACGGUGCUGUCGCCCAAGGUCCUAUCGGCAUCAUGGCUGCUCUUGCCCUUGGCGCUCUUGCUUACCUGUAA